UUUAAAUGAAUGCCUCCAAACGGAGCCUGUUAGCCUGCUAGCAUGUUAGCAUGUCGUCCCGGGACAGCCGAGUUUAAACACUUUAAGAGAAAAUGCCGACGGUGGGAGCCGAGGCGGAGCUCCGGACCUUAAAUGAGUGUCACUACAGUUAUCCAUUAGAAACUCAGUCCGACCUCGACAAGGUUCGAUCUCUCUUCCCUGAUCUUCGUCUUCACGUCGAUUUUUACUGUUUCCCAAACAAGGAGAAGAAAAGGUUGGUCUACCUCGCCGGGACGGUCCAGGUUCCUUAUGAAGGAAGUCAAUAUAAUAUCCCAGUGUGCAUCUGGCUUCAUGAGACACACCCGGUGUCUCGUCCUCGCUGUUACGUUUGCCCAUCUGUCUCCAUGGUGAUCAACCCCGCCUGUCCCUGUGUGGACGCUGUAGGCAACAUCCGCCUGGAUGGACUCAGCAACUGGACUCACGGUGUGUCCAACCUGUCCAAGCUUGUGUCAGAGAUGAGGCAGGCCUUCCAAAGGGACACACCCCUUUAUUCUCAGCGUCCCCUUCAAACUCCUCCCCCCGCAGACAUGCAGAUGUCCCCUGGACAGGUUCGGGUCCGUUCGGGUACUCCGGUGUCGACGCCAGUCAGACAAGCUCCUCCCCCUGCAGGCGGAAGCGUGCACCGCGACUCCCUCUCCUCGUCCUCUACCACCUCCAUCACCUCCCCCGUCACCACCUCCAUCACCACCUCCUCCCCACAGAGCCGUGGUCUCUCUCCCACCCCCUCCCACAUGUCCGGACACAAAGCUGGCCAAUGGGAGCAGAGCAGGGGAGUGCGGGUGGGGAAGUCAUAUACAGAGGAUCUCCUGGGAAUUGACUUCAGUGCUGCUCCUCCUCCUCCUCCUCCCAGAAAUCAUUACAACCCCUUUCUGACCUCGACAUCUCCUUCAGCCUCCUCGCCAGACCCUCUCAGUGUCAUGAUUGGGACUCUGAGGCUGAGCGGUGAGUCCAGCAGGGACCACCGGGGUGGAUCACCGGUACGCAACAUCCAGUCACACGCAGACAAACGCCCAGCGAGUGCUGGUGCAGCACAGAGACACCGUCCAGACCUCCAUCCUGACAAACAUCAGGAACGUCGUGCUGCUCUCCUUCAGAUGGCGUCGCGGCUCCUUCCAGCCCAGGCAUCGGUCUUCCUGUCUCUCAUGACCAUGGAGGGGCGGAGCUUCAGCCCUGCAGACGUCAUGGAGGCAGUCCAGCUCAACAGAGAUUACCCAUCAGCCCUCAGGUUUUUGACUCACAUCUGUCCCAUCUGUCAGGACCAGGUGUCUUUCAGCAAGAUCAUCACAAUGACUCACUGCUCCUGCUUCCUAUGUCAGACCUGCUUCACAACGUUUUUCUCAGCAGCCAUUAAGGAGCGGAGCGUCGAGCAGCUGGUGUGUCCUCAGUGUGGGCAGCCAGAGGUCAGAGGUCAGGGCGGGCUGGAGGAGUCCAUGGACUACUUCAACCUGUUGGAUACGCAAAUCCGUCACUUCCUGCCUUCGCACAUCCACGAACUCUUCCAGAGGAAGCUGAGAGACCGAGCCCUGCAGGAGAUGCCCAACUUCUGCUGGUGUGCACAUUGUUCUUUCGGGAUGCUCCACGAAUCCGACACGUUGAGGAUGGAUUGUCCUUGCUGUAAAAAGAGCACCUGCUCCAAGUGCAGAUCACGUUGGUCCCCUCAGCAUCAGGGACUCUCUUGUGAGCAGUUCCGAGUCUGGCUGCAGCAAAACCAGCUGGACCACCACAGCAGCCCUGUGCUCUCCAACGGCAUUGAGUGUCCAAACUGCCACCUGGUGUUCAGCCUGUCCAGAGGAGGCUGUCUUCACUUCACCUGCAGUCAGUGUCAGCAUCAGUUCUGCGGCGGCUGCAGCCAGCGCUUCACUCUGGGAUCUACCUGUGGCUUCUCGGCUGACUGCGCCAACAAAGGCCUUCACGCCCACCACCCCAGAGACUGCCUGUACCACCUGCGGGACUGGAGCGUGAGCCGACUGCAGAUGCUGCUACAGUAUUUCAGAGUUUCCCCUACGUGGUUGGAACCCGCCAAUGUCGGCUCCCCUGACGCCAGUCUGGCAGGAGUGUGUGUGGUUCUGGAGCUGAGAGACGACGGCAGUAAACGAGAGGAGCCCUGCGGUCGACCUGCGCCACCCGAAUGCCGCGGAUACUGCCAGCUGCACUACAAGGAGCGCCUGGUGGACCUGAUCAACCGUUGCCGUGCCGACCCGGCGGUCCUCUUCGGUCCGGCCGAGAUCUCGGCGGAGCUGCAGCGUUGGCAGGUCGCCGUGCCGAGCAGGAGAGCCGACGAGCCGGAGCCGCUGUACACACACCGCCUCCGCCUGACGCUGACCAACAGCGUUCCCCUCAGGAAGCAUCAUCGCUCUCCGUUCAAACUCGGCGACGAGCUCCGCCCGCUCACUUCCACCUUGUCUACCGGAGCCCCGCCCCCCCACCUGCUUCUCACCGAAUGACUCCGCCCCAACUGCAGUAUUUUGUGAUUGCGUACCACAGCAAGCACUAACUCUUUUUCCUUUUUUAAUCGGGUCAACAUUUCUUAUCUGUUACAAGUCGUGGCGUCUCUGAUCAGUACGAGCUUCACGGUAAUAAUGAACACGGACCAAAGACCGAGUGAGCAGCUCAGAGCUGGCGCUCGCUCGCUGAAUGUAGGAAAAGCACGUAACGAUGCUAACGAGCCUCUCGUCAGUAUUCCAGGAUGCAGUUCUCUGUCAGUGUUAGCAGCAGGUAGCAUGUGCAUGCAGCGGUGGAGGACGAGCCGCGUCUCUUCUUCGUCAAGCCGCACUCCUCAACUUUAACUCCUCUGCACUUUAACUAUUUGGAUAGGUUGACCAAAUAAAUUACUAAUCUUAUAAGGCUUUAUCUUCUUUGCUGUUUUACUUGUGGUUAUCUUCCACACUUUGAGAUUCUCUGCUUAACCUCUGCAGUCUCAAACAAACCCUCAACAGUAUUUGUUUUUUGAUAAACUUUAUUUAUAACAAACUAUGAAAAGUUAGCAUGAGCUGGAGUGUCACUGUGG